UCAAGCUGAAUCAUAAAACAAAAGAAAAGGAAAAAGAAGAGAGGCGAACUGCGAAAUAACAGCCGGCGAUGGUCACGACUGCCGUCACGGCGAUCGCCGCCGCCGUGCCGCCGCUUCCGAAAGGAAAAGCAGUAACUGUAGCCGCAACACCACUUCCCACCCUCACUAGAAGGCACCUCCUCGUCGUGGGCGCCACCGCCUCCACCCUCCGCACGGCAGCCGCCUCCGCCGCGGCCCCCAAAUUCGCGGAGAUCCCUGGCUCCGGCGGCGUGAAGGCCCUGGACCUCCGGGAGGGUUCCGGUGAGGUCCCGGCCAACGGCGACCAGGUUGCAAUUCACUAUUAUGGAAGAUUGGCAGCGAAGCAAGGAUGGCGCUUUGAUUCCACUUAUGAUCAUAAGGACGAGACUGGUGAUGCCAUGCCGUUUGUCUUCACCAUUGGGUCUGGAAAAGUCAUACCUGGCAUUGAAGCAGCAGUGAAGUCCAUGAGAGUUGGUGGUCUUCGCCGUGUGAUCAUUCCACCAUCACAGGGAUAUCAAAACACAUCACAAGAACCUAUCCCUCCUAACUUCUUUGAUCGGCAGAGGCUAUUUACUACUAUAUUCAACCCCACACGUCUGGCAAAUGGCGAGGGUUCCACUCUCGGUACACUUAUCUUCGACAUCGAGCUAAUCAACAUAAGGCAACGCUCAUAACUGUUCUGCUUUUGUGAGGAUAGAAGACUGAUCAAACCCUCAUUGAAAUCUUUUGGCUCCAUGCUCAUCACUCUUUGUCUGAAAGAAACUCUGUGCAAGAAUUUGAUCAUGCUUUGUGCUUAAUCCCUUCUGUAAUACAUGUGAAACACGGUAAUAUACUGACAGACAAUACAGAGAAAAGUAUAAGUGAUUGCAACUCUGAA